AUGGUUCAGAGCUCCACGGGACGGACUGUCGACCAGCCAUCCGCGCACGUUCUGCCGUCGGUGCUCCACAUCCGGACUUUAGCUCAGCUCGACAAGUUGACAAUGGCCGAUGCGCUUCCCAUGUGGUUCUCGUGGGACAAUCGAUUCAUCCUCGGCGGCCCAUGGGGUGGCCGGAUGGCUCUCAUUUCCACUGGGCGCAUUCGACGGGUUGAUUUCCUUGCGCGUGGCUGUGGUCUCCCCGGCCCAUUACGACUGGUUGCUGAUGGCAUGGCGACAGCUCGCCAUUUUGACGGCCCUGGGCGCUUAUCACGGGCUUUCAUAUAA